AGAGGUGGGCUGAGCAGAGAGGCAGGUUUCAGCAGAGCGGUUGGUGCCUCCCGGCAGGUAAUGGCGCCCCCCGAGGCCUAGAGGUCCAGCGCCCGCGGCGAGCCACUGGCAGUCCUCCUUCCGCUGGUGUCCGACGGAGAGUCCCGAUGACAGUGAACAUGUUGGUGCCACUAGCCAAGCUGUCCUGCCCGGCAUAUCAGUGCUUUCAUGCCUUAAAAAUUAAGAAAAAUUAUCUACCUCUGUGUGCUACGAGAUGGGCUUCAAGUUCCGUUGUACCUCGAAUUACUACCCACUAUACUAUUUAUCCCCGGGAUAAGGACAAACGAUGGGAAGGAGUGAGCAUGGAGAGGUUUGCAGAAGAAGCAGAUGUAGUAAUAGUUGGUGCGGGCCCUGCAGGGCUGUCUGCUGCUGUUCGGCUAAAGCAGUUGGCUGCUCAGCAAGAAAAGGACAUCCGUGUGUGUCUAGUGGAGAAAGCUGCUCAAAUAGGAGCUCAUACUCUCUCAGGGGCUUGCCUUGAUCCACGUGCUUUCGAAGAACUGUUCCCAGACUGGAAGGAGAAGGGAGCUCCCCUUAACACUCCUGUAACAGAAGACAGGUUUGCAAUUUUAACACAGAAAUAUAGAAUUCCUGUGCCAAUUCUUCCAGGUCUUCCAAUGAACAAUCAUGGCAAUUACAUUGUGCGCUUGGGACAUUUAGUAAGCUGGAUGGGAGAACAAGCAGAAGCCCUUGGUGUUGAAGUAUACCCUGGUUAUGCUGCUGCUGAGGUCCUUUUUCAUGAAGAUGGUAGUAUAAAAGGAAUUGCCACUAAUGAUGUAGGCAUACAAAAGGAUGGUGCACCAAAGACAACAUUUGAGAGAGGACUAGAACUACAUGCCAAAGUUACAAUUUUUGCAGAGGGUUGCCAUGGACAUCUAGCCAAGCAACUGUAUAAGAAGUUUGAUUUGAGGGCCAAUUGUGAACCCCAAACCUAUGGAAUUGGACUGAAGGAGCUAUGGCUUAUUGAUGAAAAGAAGUGGAAACCUGGGAGAGUAGAUCACACUGUUGGCUGGCCCUUGGACAGACACACUUAUGGAGGCUCUUUCCUCUAUCAUUUAAAUGAAGGGGAACCCCUGGUGGCUCUUGGUUUUGUGGUUGGUCUGGACUAUCAAAAUCCAUACCUGAGUCCAUUUAGAGAGUUCCAGAGGUGGAAACACCAUCCUAGCGUUCAGCCAACAUUGGAAGGUGGAAAAAGGAUUGCAUAUGGAGCCAGAGCUCUCAAUGAAGGUGGCUUUCAGUCUAUACCAAAACUCACCUUUCCUGGUGGUUUACUAAUUGGUUGUAGUCCUGGUUUCAUGAAUGUUCCCAAGAUCAAAGGUACUCACACAGCAAUGAAAAGUGGAGUUUUGGCAGCAGAAUCUAUUUUUAAUCAACUAACUAAUGAAAAUCUCCAAUCAAAGACGAUAGGACUCCAUGUAACUGAGUAUGAGGACAAUUUGAAGAAAUCAUGGGUGUGGAAAGAGCUAUAUUCUGUUAGAAAUAUAAGACCCUCCUGCCAUGGAUUCCUGGGUUUAUAUGGAGGGAUGAUUUACACUGGAAUCUUUUACUGGAUAUUUAGAGGAAUGGAACCAUGGACUCUAAAACAUAAAGGUUCUGACUCUGAUCGGCUCAAGCCAGCCAAGGAUUGCACACCUAUUGAGUAUCCGAAACCUGAUGGACAGAUUAGUUUUGACCUUUUGUCAUCUGUGGCUCUGAGUGGUACUAAUCAUGAACAUGACCAGCCAGCACAUUUAACCUUAAAGGAUGACAGUAUACCUGUAAAUAGAAAUCUGUCAAUAUAUGAUGGGCCCGAGCAGCGCUUCUGCCCUGCAGGAGUUUAUGAAUUUGUACCUUUGGAACAAGGUGAUGGAUUUCGGUUACAGAUAAAUGCUCAGAACUGUGUGCAUUGUAAAACAUGUGAUAUUAAAGAUCCAAGUCAGAAUAUUAACUGGGUGGUACCCGAAGGUGGUGGGGGACCUGCUUACAAUGGAAUGUAAACUAUAACUAAUUUCAUUUGCAGGCAAGUCUUAUAAACACUUUCUUUAUAAUGUUGAGAAAUUAGCAAGUAUCAACAUAUCUUAUAGCAUAUUACUGAUCAGAAUGUUCAUAAAAUAUCAGGGAAAUAAUUUUAUACUAUACCUAAAUUUGUCCCAUAAAAAACUAUCAAUAUUUAUCUUAAAUAAAACUUUAUUAGUGAUGUAGCA